AGCUAGCUAUCAUACGAGCAGCUUCGAUUUUUCUGAUUCAAACGCGUGCCGGCUUUUCUGGUGCACUUCUACGAGUGCUGGUGUCGAAAUGUACGAAUAAGCACGGCUCGCGUUUGAAUUAGUAGAAACGAAGCUGCCUGUACCAGGUAUCAUAGUAGAAAGGUCACGGAAACGAGAACCGCGUCACAACCGCGGAGAAUUAGCAUAAGAGAAAAACCAGCUGGUGGAGAACAAUUCCCCGAGAAAGAAUGUCGUGUGAACCCUUAAUCAACUCAAGUCUGAAGAAGUGUCGGAUACGACAAAAGAAGGAACAACUGCAACCCUUCUGCUUGUGAGCUCACGCUUUCUUGCUUGGAGAAAUAAUCUGAUGUUUCAUUCGUGCAUUGUACAGUCCGUACUGGAAUCUAUUGAAAAUGUCCAACUGUUCGAACAGACAAUUUGGUAUAUUUAUCGAUUAGUAAAUGUGACAUUGUGAUUAGAUUUGCCGUUUGUGGCUUUUAGUUUUUAAAAUACAUUUUAAAUUUAAAGACAAACAACUAUCAAUAGAAGACAUUGGCACACGUAAUUCUGAAACUAUGCGGACAUGCUAUUGAUCUAUUGAAACGAUAGCCUUCGGAUUUUGCGUUCCGGUAUACGCCUUCCAAGAGGAGCAUCCACCCCUCUCCACCAAGCAAGACAAGUGUAACAAAAGCAGAGGUCGUGAAGCUGUGAGGAGGAGAAGCUUGGCGAACCCUCUAUUAAUACUGUCAACCACAAGUUCUUCCAGCAGUUCCCGGCAUUGUCACAGCGGCUCCCAACCUGUUUAGGGCUUCUGCGAAGCAACUGCUUGACACAACUGCUGCCAUUUGUUGACAUUGAAAGGUGGAUCCCUUUACCGGAAGCCGGAAGCAGCCGAGAGCCAGUGAGCACUUCACCACUCCUCAAUCAAUCAAUCAUACUCUGCUCAAUCUCAUAAAUUCUCACCCUUCAAUUUUGGAUCGAUCCCAGCCAUCAAUCAAAGCGCCACCAUGUCGUCCAAUUCCUCGGUCGUCAGCACUGCUGCUCUUUCUGUUUUCAGUGCCUCAGCAGCGGCCUUGCUUCUCUUGCGAAGCAGCGAAAGGUCCAAGUCCCAUUCCACCAGCAAGGACUCGGGAAGUGUCGGCACUGCCGCAACAGAAAUCUCCUCCGUUUCGGGAGAUCAUCAUUAUGUGGACGUUGAGGCCACGUUAAAGUCCAUCCACGAAGCCUUUCCUGGCGCCGUUCCCAACAAUGAGUUGGUGGCGUUGCUCCGAAACACGCUGGCUGCUUCUGGCUAUGACGGCAACACCACACUGGUUGCCACGGCGUUGUGCUGCGAUGAAUUGAACCGACCCUUGGUGGACGAUUUGGAACGGGAAUUUGGACAGACAUUUACCAUGGGUGGCUUGGCGGGAUUUGCCUUUGGCGGAGUCACCAGCUUUGGAGCCAUGGCCCAUCAUAUUCCCGAUGGAGGAAACUGUCUGCUUGUGUAUGGACCUCAUGUCGGAGUCGACUCGGAAGGCAAUGUUGGUACCGUCAAUCGACGUGGACGCAAGCAUGGAGGUGCCUGCUGUGGCAGUGCGUCCGCCGCUGCUGGAUAUGUUCAUCAGGAGUACUGCAAACAGAUCACCGAUGACAGUGUCAACACCUUUAACAGUGUCAACACCAUCAGUAAUGAUCCUCUCGAUGCGCAACAACAGUUUGUCAACAACUUGCUCCUGCCAUACGGAAAGAGGUUGGAAGAAGCAGAGGACAAAAAGGCAGAGCUUCCCAAGGCUUUGUUCGAUGCCCAAAACGAACUCGUGCAGAGGAUCGUCGCCAAGGGUGCCUCCAAUGUGGGCGGACGUGGAAAAAUUGCCAUGGUCGGCGGAGUCCAGAUCAAUACUCCACCUGGCAUGCAGGACUACUUUUUGCCACUCCGAUUCGAGCUACGCAACAACAAGGGAGCCCUAGUGGAGGACUUUAUGGCUCAUCGCAGCGCCAUUUUGCCCACUGUGGAAUCCAUCACCCAGCAUUUCCCUCGCGCCAUGCCCAACAAUGCCUUGGUAUCUCGUGUUCAAGCGAAAUUGGCCGAGUGCGGAUACAACGAGAAGUCAACCCUGUUGGCUACUUCUCUUUGCUGCGAUGAAGUCAACAAACCUCUGAUUGAUGACUUUAGUGCUGUCUAUGGAAACAAUUUCAGCAUGGGUGGUUUGGCGGGAUUUGCCUUUGGUGGAGUGACCAGUUUUGGUGCCAUGGCCCAUCACAUUCCAGACGAUGGAUCCUGCUUGAUUGUCUUUGGUCCUCAUGUGGGAGUGGAUUCCAAGGGAAAUGUUGGUACCAUUGAUCGAAUUGGACGCAAGAAAAUUGGAGCAUGUUGUGGUAGUGCAGCAGCUGCUUCUGGAUUUGUGCACGAGCAGUACUGCAAAAAGGUCACGGAUGCUGUGAGCGUUAGUGAUCCUCAGGAUGCCCAACAACAAUUUGUCAAUAGCCUGCUUCUUCCACAGGCAGAACGAUUGGAGCAAGCCAAGAACAGGAAUGUGGAAUUGCCGUUUGCGCUCUUUGAUGCACAGCAGGAUUUGCUUCGAAAAAUUGUGGCAAAGGGAUGCGGUGAAGUCGCCGGUGACGGCAAGAUUGCUCUUCUAGGAGGUAUUCAAAUCAAUACACCCAGCUCUUCUUGCAAAGAGGGCAUGUACGACUACUUUUUGCCAUUGAGCUUUGAACUCCGCAACAACAAGGGAGAGUUGAUUGAGGACCUUCUGUGGGAGGAGUAAAAGGCCCGCGGGUGGCAUUUCUCCAUCUCUUCCAAGCAAAAAUUGACUUUCUUCAUUCAUAUAUACGCACCAACUUAUUAGUACUCGUCGAUCUAGAAAAUUUGCAGUGCAGUUUGUAACACCAACUAGUACCUACCAAUAACUCUGAUUUACUAGCUCAAGCAGAUACAUGGUACCGUAGCUAGCUAGCUACUUUCCUUUUUGCUGCUGCAGUGUCCUAGAUCAGACUCGACUCCGCCACGGCGUGGUAAGCAAUACCGGCACUUCUUCAUCAUCCCGAGAGCUCGCCAACAGCCCCUUACCGAGCGCGUUUGAUUGAAUGAUUCGAUUCAAUUCAACUCUUUGGCUCAAUGUAGUACCGGUAGCCGGUACCGGUAGCAGGAACGCGCUUGGAGGCACAUUGCAGCUGCUGGAGCAAGGGCAAUGCUGAGGUGUUGAGAAAUCAGCUGGGGACUGGGGAUGCGGUGUGUUGAGUUGGACACGGUUAUUAGAUGCAAGGUGCACACAAGGUCCUGAAGCCCAUCCAAU